AUGUCCUCUACAGACGCGCAAUGUUCAAAGGAUAAGUCAGAGAACGAUACAUCUGUUAUCACCGAUAGUCAGAAUACUGAUAAACAAAGUGUCUCGAGUCAGGGUAAAUUAGCCAGCGAGGACUAUCGCCGGAAGUCGACGAAUAACUGUAAAAGUUGUGGCAAGGUUGUGUGGAAAGCAGACAUCUGUACAUCAUGUCAGAAGGAGAACGCUGAACCUGUCGAUGCCACCCCAGACCGUGCUGACAACCAAAGGUCUUCUGCUAUUUCACCACAACAGUCCUUGUUGUCAAGCCCAGAUAUCCUGGGGGAUACAAGACUCGUGGAAGUCUCAAUGCAUGCUGUUCCUGACCCGAGCUCGAAAUGUAAGGCACAACCUUCGAUGGCACGAUCCAUCAAAAGAAAGAGAGAGUCCCUUACAAUGUUUUCGAAGAAACGGCUCAAACCUGACUUGAGUAUUCUAACAAAAGCUUCCUUGGAAGACGUCUCGAAGAUACCAGCUAUGCUCGAGUCAACAUCUCAUGCUCCGAAGCAGGGGAGUAGCACUGGUACUCGGCGAACACAAGAACAAGACAGGCGAGAAGAGGAAGAAGUCAUCUCGUUCCAGAAUGUGAUCUCAGAAGUGAAAUCGGCAAGGACUGAAGCACAAGUUUCAAACAUUAGCUCUACAGAUGAGAUUGCCGACCAUGCGGUCGAACAUGAUGAUCCAACAUUAGACCACACUGAAGAAACACCGGUAAUCACGGAGCCUGAUACGCUCAGUGAUGCUAGCUUUGGCGACAAUGAUUCGGAUGCCCCACUAGCUCGGAGACGUCCUAAUUCACGACCUGACCAAGAAACAAACCACAAGCAAGAUCUAUGGUCCGAUACUACGAAUAAGUCACAAGAAGCAGAUGUACCUCCUAGCAACCCUGGUAUCGAGGUAAAUGAAAUAGAUGACAGCAGUGACAUUCGUCCGCCCCGUCGAUCACGACCAUGUGAUUGCAGCACAAAGCAUAACAAGUGUUUACAUAACGAGCAAGGUGAAUUAGAUGUUCGCAGAUGCUUUGUGUGGAUGUCCGAGGGACAUCACCGCAAGUCCAAUCGUGGUCGACAACAACUUCAGGACAUCGCAGAAGCGACCCAGCGAUAUUUUCAGUUCUGCGAGAACGGCGACGGCCUCGAUCCUUACAGCGAGGGAGCUCGACUCAAGUAUUUGCAGCAUCAACAAUCCGGUCAAGCGAUUCAGGGUUAUUAUAUCACAUCCGAUGCUAUCAAUACAUCACCACACCCGCAUACCCGCUCUCUCAACAUUCCGGAUAGCCGUCUAUCACUAAGGGCGCCAGAUAUCAGAUACGAGGAUGUCGUAUCAGAAUCUGCUGUAGAAAUCACACCAUCAAGGCUAAUUUUCGAAGUUCAAGAUGAUAUACAAGAGCUGCAGCAGCAGCAGCUAACCAUUCGAAAUGUGUCUAGAACUCGUCAUCUGAUAUUCAAAAUUAUUCUGCCAGAUUUUGUUUCCAUGGAUAUCAAAGUCGACCCAAGCAAAGGCAAUAUCGAGCCGCAAAGUUCAUUCACCAUUAAGGUCGCGGUGGCUCUGAUUGCAGACAAAAAUUAUUGUUUUACGGAACUCGAUUCUAAGACGAGCACUGGUGCCGAAUUAGAGAUUGGCUAUGCUUACCUCAAAGGCGCAUCAGUCGAUGAUGUGGGCUGGUUUCAGCAAGAUUUUUCGGCGAGGAGAAAGGUGACGCUUAAAUGCAUAGAUUUGCGACUGUCAAAGAAGCGGGAUACUACCGUGUUCCAAACAGAUGCUUCCCAAUCAACAGAAAAAAUGCCUGUAACCAACUUGCCACUGUCCAAAGUCCCAGCAGCGCCACUUGCCAGCGAUACAGCUUUAAGCUCGGGAUUGCAAGCAAGACGUAACAAAGUCGGUCAUGACUUUUAUGAUCUGUACUUUUAUCAUUUGCACAACGCUACCGCUGUUGUGGACGCAGUGCUCCGGGGCAUGCGGAAGGAUAAUACGUUGAGUAUUAUCAAAGUGAUCCAGCUCGCUCAUUCUCGGAUGUAUCAUCGCCUUGUGUCUGCACGUUCAUUGAAUAAAGCAGGGUUCGAGCAACUUGGUCUUAGAGAUGUCAGGAAAGCUCUCGAGGAGUAUGCGGAACAACACCACGCCGAAGUGCAAACCCCUCUGGAGUCCGGUUGGACUAGGGACGGCCACGAUGUGAUAUGGAAGAUUGGUAAGCCGCAUACAGCGAAUCACCUUCACAUCUCUUCUCCUCUACCUAGAGCCGAUCAACCUACAGAACGCAUCGGGUCGUUGGGGAUGCCGAAAGUGCUUAACAGCGAACCUCUCACUGCUGUGACCAGCACGAUCCAGGAUGCGCUCAAUGAAUCGUCACAGCGACCAUCGAUCAAGCUGAUAUUGAAAGUUCCGAAUGGUCCACAGAGUUUCGAUAGACAGUCUGCAUCUACUGCUUCGUGUAAUACCACAUCUACUCUACCAGAAUCUAGAACCCAGCCACCCUUGGCGGCAAUAUCGGAAAGGUUGGCGAACUUUCCACCAACACCAGAAAGCGAUCGACCGACGCCUCAGCGAGAGGGUUUGAACAACCAUGACGUCGAUGCAAGUGAUAUGGUAGACACCAAUAACGAGAACAAGAACAUGCAUGUGCAAGAUGUGAUGGCUCGGAUGAGAGCGUGCGGUAUUCAGUUUGAAGACGCGAAUGAUGAGGACUCUAGCGACGAAUCCAUCAUUCUACCGGGGCAGCAUGUGUCAAAGCACAUCACGUCUGGGGUCAAGUUCACGAAUGACAGUAUUCAACUAUCGCGGAUCACGAAGAAGCAGGGACUGAAGCAUACAGCCCGCCAACGACUGAUACAAGAUCGUCAAAGAUCGCGAAACGUCCAAAUGAGUGGUAACCCACAUGAAGAAUGUGACAAGAAGCACGCUAAGCAACCACGACUUACUGCCUGGGUGGACCGAAAGAUUCUAACAGACAGGACGGCGGACAGAUAUGCUCCAGACACCAUAAGCUCUAAAGUGGAGAAGAUAAGCUACAGGCAGUUUCUUGGUAUUUCUGGAGACUUGGAGACCGAGCCCUGCGUGGUCAGAAAUGGAAAGAGUAUACAAUUGGCAUUUCGAGAAAAGCAAGCACGGUACGGAGAGAUAGGUCGUGUAAGGAGCAAGAGGCUGAAGGGACAAUUUUGGCCAGCAACUGUUAGGUGA